AUGGAGAAUGCUGCAGCUAAUUGUUGUGAUGAAGAAAAACGGGAAGCUGACGAAGAAGAAGAAGAAGCGUUGUCGCUGUGUGAUUUGCCUGUCAAUUUGAAUAAAGAAGAGAAUCAGCAGGUUGAAGAAGAUGAUGUUGAACAAACUCAAACGAGUAAAACGGAAGAAGAUUUCAAAUUUGUCUCAUGGGGUGCCUCUCUUUCGAUAAAACCAGAGAUGUGUGCAGCUGAUGAAGUGUUCUUCAAAGGCCAAAUUCUACCGCUGCGUCACUCUGUCAGUUCCGACAGUGCCGUGAAGGGGUUCCGGCAAGAUAGCCACAACACUAGCGUGUGCUUGUCAAGGUCGGAUUCCAUGGAUCAUGGUUCAUUAAGUAGGUUCACAAGUGUUAGCAGCAGCACCAGCACUAGAAGUAGCCAUUACUCAACCAGUAGCAGUAAUGCCAAACCAAUGGCCAUUAAAAUUAGAAACAACUUCAACGCACAUCCGAGCCCGAAACCGCAGAUCAGAUUAAUGUCCAAAACCCGAACACCAAACGUCAACAGCAGAAACCAGAGAUCAUCAAUAUGGGAUUUUUUCAGUGUAGGGUUGGUUCGAGCACCGGAGUUCGAAUUGCGAGACUUGAAACUUCGUAGCAGCAGCAGCAACAACAACAACAAUGGUAACAGAACUUCCGUUAGUCGAAACAGCAGUUGUAAUAGCAGUAACAGCAGUUCAAGCACCAAGAACGUAGUUGUUAACAAUGGUGGCGCCGAAUUUCCAAAGAAUCAUCGAGAUUUGAACGGGGGGUUCUUAGAAACGAGAAUGGGAUUGCUUAGUGGAUGCGCAUGUUCAGUUAAUGCAGUUGAAACAGUUCCAUCGAACAACCUAGCCGUCACCAAAAGUAACAAGAACAGCGAGAAAGACAAAGCAACAUCGAAUGCUGCGGCCAUUGGAGGAAAAAAGAAGAAAAAGCAAGCUUUGUCUCGCCAUCGAACCGUUGAAUGGAUAAACGAGCUUUCACAUGCAACCUAUGUUGAUGACGCCUAG